CGAGAUGUGCCAGCACUGCAGUCGCUCCGUGCGGAAUAGCGAGGCUGCUUUCAGGGGAUACAGCUACCACAGGCGUUGUCGGAAGUGUUACGUGUGCAGCGACACCGACCUGCACGGCGCGGAGGUGUUUAGAGGCGUCAUUUUCUGUGCGAGCUGCGCCAGACGCAUCUUCAGAGGUUGUUCAACGGCCCGCCGAGCACGGCCUGCGCACACGCAGCGGCGUCGGCGGCGCGCGCCCGUGCACGGGGUUAUUGAGCGUGCGCGAGCACACUCUGACACCACCUCCUCACAAGACAACAGGGUUUUGAGAGGUCUUUCAUUCAAUACUCCCUCCUGA